AUGGCGUCAAGCACGCGAACGAUUCUUCCUCAGAAGCGGAAGCAACUCACCCGGAAGCAGAAAGUGCUGGCAGAUAUGCCUAAACUGCUGCUCGAAAGUCUUGAGCGUAAGGCCUUUUGCUACUUGGAGAACGCCGACGGAUCAAACGCGAAGCCGGCACCCGUUCCAGCUGACGCGGAUGCUUUCCCGUGGGCUGCUCGGGCUGCGAGUUUUCGUCCUGCGUUCUACAGACCCACGGUGAUGCUGGGCCACAGCGGUUUGCGUCGGCCUGGCGUAGAUGCUAUCAGUCGUUUGCUACUGAGCCAGGACAAACGCAGUGUCAAGUGCUUCGCGUCGUCUGCCACGCCAGGCUUCGUGCUGCUGGACUUGAUGACCUUGAACAGCUUUCGCGAUCUCGAGUCGGUCGUGCGGACUCGUCUGGUAGAGGCGUUGGGGAAACGCUCUCGCUACACUCGGGACCACUUUGGCAUGGACGCGUAUCAAGCGCAGCGUUGGCUCGAGCAGCAGCGUCGUAGAAAGACAAGCGAACAGCCUCCUAUCUCACUGUCUUACUGCGCUAUUGAUGGUGUGAGGCGUCAUCUGGAGCUCCAGGAGUUCACCAAGCCAUCAGCUAAGGACAAGCAGAAGUGGCUCUCGUUCUGCACGAACGUGUGUCAUGUUUCAGUGGCGAUCACUGUCCCCAAUAUGACACGUCAGACGGCCAUGGCGAUUGCUGCACCCCGACAGGUCGCCGGCACUGCUAAGUAA